UUCACACUAAAUGCCUCUGUCAAAAAUCUUUCGCGAAAAUUGAACUACAAAUAAUUUUUCUCAGAAUAAGAAAUUUGUUUUCCGCUGAAAGUAAAGGCUUAAGACCUUUUAUAAACCCGCAGUGACCUAUUUUGGGUCUUGGACUAAGAAAUUAAGUGGCUUACAACAGAAAUAAAAAGCAGCGAGACGGCGGAUCAGAAAAUUCAGCCGGCAGACGCUUUUUUGUUGGCGAAAUUUGCAGACGUGAGCGCUUGCAAUGUCCAACGUAGAGAUCUACGACUCCUCGAAUUCCCAACUGAGUAGCGACGAGUAUAGCCGGGAGGAGGAGGACUACGACGCUUUGAUGGACGCGGCAGUUAGCAAGCAGCGUCCACAGAAGACCAAGACCAAAGGGCCUGAGACCACGGAAGCCGGAAACGAAGCUGUAAAAUCGGAGGUUCCCUCUGACAAAGACGAAAAACCGGAGGUACCGGCGAAACCACCUUCCUCACGGGCGGAAACCCUUCGCCGGAUUCGGCAAUUGCAGAUGCAGCAUCGCCGAUGGCCCAAUCUUUACUUCAAACGUCGCAGCAUUCGCUGGCUGCGUCCCAAUAAAUUAGAAUACAGAACCUAUUUUGAGGGUUUGAAGAAUUUGGUGCCUAAGCGCAAAUCCGACCUGGCCCGUUACAAUGCUAGCAAGCGGAGAAACUACGACAGCAGGAGUCCAAGUCAUAGCCGUAGUCGUAGUCGCAGCCGUAGUCGUAGUCGUAGUCGUAGCCGCAGCUACUGUCGUAGUCGCAGCCGCAGUCCCAGUCGUAGUGACAGCCGGUCCCCGGAACUUAUAUGUUUGGAUGACACAGAGAAUGAAGAUUCGCCUGAGAAACCAGAUUUCGAUCAGAAGUCCAGGGUUACCCCUGUCAAGGAAAUAAAGCCUAAGGUUAAUGCACCACCUCAGCUCAAUUACGAGAUGCCAGAGAAACUAAAAGUCAACAAUGAAAACGGUGCCUCUGUUCUUGAUGAGUUUUUGGUGAAAAAAGAUCCUGAGCGGCCAGACUAUGAGUUUGAAAAGACAUAUGCAAGCAUGGAGUUGGAACAGGCCCUAAAUGAUCAAACGCUAGUGCAACAAAUCGAGCCAGAAGUGGCAGAGUCCCUGGUGGUUGAUGCAACUUUUAAGAGACGUCGUUCGGUGACCCCGCCACCAAGCGGCGAAAAGCGUUCUGGCUCAAACGAAGAUGACGAUGACACUAUUGAGUUUCUGCCCAUCCAAGAAAACGAAUCGGCAAAGACAGCUCCACCAUUAAAUCUUCAAAUGCCUAGCACCCCUGUUGCUAAUCCUCUUCAGAAUCAGCCGUCUUUUAAGCUUAGUACACCUUAUUCGCUGGCUUCAUCUCCGGCCACCAAGCAGGCGGAAAAUUUGACACCCGUCUCAUACAGCUUGAAUACGCCAACACCUCCGGCUACGCCAAUGGAGAUAUCCUAUCCCAACGAAAAGUUGUCAAAUAACACAAAAGUCACCAUGCAAAACUUUUCAGCUCAGCAGGCGGUUUCACCCCAGAUUCCCGCCUCUUAUUCAGCUGCACCACAAAUGGCUGCUAUCGUACAGAGAUCUCUGGGUCAGGCUGUUCCCCUACAAAAAACUCCAUUACAGAUAACUCCAACACGCCAAGCUCCCUUGCAGCAAAUACCUACGCCACGACCAGGGCCAUCACAACAAAUGGCUGUGCCACGACCAGGGCCCCCGCAACAAAUGGCUCCACCGCGAUCAGGACCAUUACAACAGCUCCCUCCACAGAGAUCAGUUCUACCACAACAACUAGCUGCAAUAAAAUCACCAUUGCCACAGCAGUUGGCUCCACCAAGGGGAGUUCCGCCACAGCAGAUAGCUUCACUGAAGACUUCUACGACACAGCAGUUGGCACCCCAACAGCAGUUGCCUCCUCCACAACAAUUGGCACCCCAACAGCAAUUGCCUCCUCCACAACAGUUAGCUCCACCACAGCAGUUGGCUCCACUCCAGCAGUUAGCUAAGCAGCAGCAGUUAGGUUCGCCACAGCAGUUGCCUUCACCACACUUAGCUAAACAAGGAUAUUUGGGUUCACCUCAGCAGUUAGCUGCACCACAUCAGUUAGCACCACCACAGCAGCACCACCAAAUGUCACCUCAAGUGCGUCCGGACUUGCCUCCAGUUGUUCCUCCCAGUUUUGCUGUACCCCAGCAGCCGCAACCGCGUCGCUCGGACACGGUGUCUACCCAAACGCAGGUAUCGCAGCCGGCAUCGUCUUCCUCUUCGACAGCCCGCCAAAAGUCUAGCAUUGAUCUCAACAACAGUUAUGCAAACUUUCAUCAACGCAUUAAAGAUCUUUUUGAAGAAUAUGAUGCCAUUCUGACGGAUAAGAUGAAUACGCUGCGCCCAGAUCACAAUUCUUUAAAAGAGGAACGAGAGCGCAUCGAUGCGGAUUUAACAACGCUAGACAACCUAAUUGCCCAAAAGGAGGAGGAAUACAAUCGAUUACUUCACCUUCGUUGCGUCAAAGAAGAGUUACGUGCACGUCUCGAGCGAAAGGAGCGCUUAACGCUCAUAAAGGACCUGCUGCCUCUUCUUCUAAACAAGGGUUGCAGCUCUAACGAGCUGGUUGAGAUGCAGGCGUUGCUAGAAAAUGAACAGGAUGCUCCGAUGGCUGCUAAGUACGGUCGGUCGGCGGUGGAAGAAUGCUUAAAUUACGUUGAGCUAAACCAACACAACAUUCGUUUGCUUCGCGGGGUCAUGGGCCUGAAGGAACAAGCUCCACCCAUAGUUGGGCGCUGUUUCGAAGAGGAGCGAAAACAAUUCAGAAGGAAUUCCUUGCCUCCUCGUCAGUCCACAAUGCGUGAUUUGCAGGAUUCACUACAUGAGUCUCAGCGGGGGUUUGACUCAGAUGUUCCUCCACUUGCGAAGAGGCCGAGGCUAUUGCAUCCACUAGACAGAUACCACCAAGAGCUGUCAAACUCUACGCCCAAUUUGGCUGCUGCUUCAUCUAUGAUCCACAACAAUUUGCAGUCUUCGGGAAGGCCCUCCAGUAGUUUCUCCUUGGACAAUCAUUUGGAGAAUGAACCAAUGCGUAAGCCGCUGUUCAACAGCAGCCCCAUGGUUUCAAACCGUCAUCUGGCCAAUAAACAGAACUCCGAAUUACAUUCCUCUUACCGCACCGAAGAAGAUACUAAGUUAGAUAAGAGUAAGCCGCAUGGCAUUAAGAGCAUAAACAAAUCCCAGCGCGAAUCUGCCGCCAGCUCAACCAAUGGCAGAGAGGAAAGACGUUGUCACCAGUGCAAGCUCCAAAAAGCCACCUACAUGUGCUCCAGCUGCCAGAAUCAAUGGUACUGUAGUCGUGAGUGCCAGCUGCGGGCCUGGGACACCCAUUAUAUAACCUGUGGCAUUUCGGGGGAUUUCCCAUAGGAUAUCAGCAUUACUACGCCUAUAAAACUAUAACCAUACCUAUAGCGUAUCGUAUAUGUCUACUACAAUUACUCAACCGCGUAAGUCAUCAGCAAGGAUACAGGAAAUUCACGGACAAUUUUAAAUUGCGUUUCAUUGAAUUAAUAUUCUUUGUACUUGUAUUCCAUCACCGCUCAUCCUAUAAAUAAAUCAAAUACUUCAAGAUUA